ACUGAGCAGUCGGUCGGAACUCUUCGCUGAAACCGCAUAUCAUCUGGGAGACCCUAAAGUCGCACGGUUCCGAAAAAUUUCCGCCCGGAUGGUAAGAUUCAUUUGUAGAUAUAUUUGCUUCAGUAACCAAAGUGCACAAUAGACAUUAGUCAGCUCAGUUGUAUUGGGUUUUCAGCUGAGCCGUGAAAUGAGGAAGUGAAAAGUGUGAAUCCACUUUCAGUAUUGGGGUAAACUGGGGCUGCUCUGGGGUUAAUACGGGUUACGCUCAGAAUCGAUCGCAGACAUCGCACUGGAUGUGGACGGUGAACCGAGAUGCCAGACAAAGAGUGGAAAGAUCUGGAUGGGCCGAUGGAGCCUCCAGCAGAACUGAAGUCACGCAUUAACUCGGCGGCACCACCCCUGCAAGCAGCCCAGGUGAAGGUGCACCUGCAGGCGGCCCAGGAGCUGCUGGUGGACGCACUGUACAACACGGCACCGCUGCUGGACUGCAUGCUGGCCAAGAACCUGCUGCCCCGCGACAGCUACCAGCUGGUGCAGGCGGAGCGCACGGCUGCCGACCGUGCACGGCGCCUCCUGGAGGUGGUCCAGGCCCAAAUGGAUGAUGAGCAGGCUGGGCAGUUCUUGGAUUGCCUGAAGGCAUGUCAGAGCAACUACCCCCGCCUGCGCGCCUGGCUGCAUAGCUGCACAGACCUCCAAGGCGGACUGGAAGCCUUCCAGUGUGGACCCUCAGUGUACAGGCUGCGAACGCAGUUGGGGGUGCUGUGCAAGCGCCUGGGGGUGUCCGUGCUGCCCGUGUCGCUUCAGCUCUUCUCUAGUGGGAUCCUGACACAGCUGGAGCUGGACUCGCAGCAAGCUGAGCCCACCCCAUUCCAGCAGAGCCAACGGCUGCUGCUCAGCUGCCUGUCCAAGGGCGAGCGGGCCUGUACUGCCUUCUACAAGGCGCUGUGCCAGGAGGACCCGCAGCUGGGCGCCGAGCUGCAGGGCUGGGGGCCGACCUCAUGCCCUGAAACACCCGCCGGUCAUUGCUCUGUGGCUGUGGCAGAGAGCGGAGCCGCUGCCAUGACGGAUUGGUCUACUGGAGACGCAUGGACACAGGACAUGCCACGUAGUCUGACAUCUGACCGUGUGGGGUCCUGGGAAGCCAGUGAAGGAAAAGAUGUGCUGCAGGAGGCCAUGGCGCUGCUUGGCAUGGCCACAGAGGCUGCACCACAGUUCAACAUGUGCGAGUUAGGCGUGGCGCUGGGGCUGCGGUGGGGGGAUGUGCGAGAGCGCCUCCUGGAGAAGGCGCGCAUAGACGACGUGGCCCAGCUGGCAGCACUGGUGGAGCUCUUCCUGGAAAAGACACAGGACGUGGGCCGGCUGCUCCGGAGACUACAGCAGUGCGACACGCAGGGUAUACGGCUCUCCCGGAGGGGGACCCUGCUGCUGGAGCUGCUGGGAGAAGCGGAGCGCCUCCUGCAGGGCAGCCACACCCACGUCAGGGCAGGGCACAUCUUCACCUUUCUGAUGUGGGACAUGCUGGCAGAGAUGGUGGAGGAGCCGUGGGUGUGGCAGUGGGCGGAGCCAUGGGAGGGGCUUCUGGGGGUGGUGCAGCGGCUGCGGGGUGUGGCCGGAGGUCGGGCGGAGGCAGAGCUGCUGGCAGAGCUGGAGGAGUGCUGGGAUGGUGAGUGCAGAGCCAGGGGACUCCUGGAGGCUGUGCCGGUGCUGGCCCAGCUGUUGCGGGACCUGUACCCCCAGCGGGACAGCCUGCAGCUGCUCGGUCCUUCUCACCCCCAAGGAGUGGCGGUCAGCUGCAGGCCACGUGUGCUACGCAGGGUCACGCGCUUCUGUGGCGUGCCCUGCAGAGCCAUCACCCGCGUGCUGGCCGGCCUGCCUCUGCCAUCUCCAUCACUGGCGUCGCAGUACCACACCAUAUGCCAGGCUGUGAUGCGGCUGCUGGAGCGGGUGUGUCCCACGACGCUAGGUACCCCCCCCCUCACCAGACCUGGCCCUGCUCACUGAGGCAGUGCAGCGUGCCCUGAGCCAGCCUGCCUUCGGGUCUGACUCCUUUGACGCUGGCAUGAGGCAAAGGCUUCUGGCAGUGCUGGAGUUCAACCCAGCGGCACUGGAGCUGCCCAGCUUACUGCCGCUGCAUGAGGACACAGUGCAAGCACUAAAGCGCCACCUGCUGCCUGGUGAGCACCAUGGCUUCCUGCUUCACCCAGUGGCACUGUGGCUGCCAAAGGGCGGGGCCCACCUCUGCUGGGCGCGCAGCGUCUCUGGGCCCGUUGCUAUCGAUGAUGGACUGGAGGAGACGUUUCGUUUCUGCUUCUCGGACGCCACGCUGGCACUGGUGCGCCUCUGCUGCCAUGGUUAUCAGGACGGGCAGUGGUUCCAGGCAGCAGAGCCACGCUGUAUCCGUGUCUUGGGCCUGGGGAGCAGCGGCCUGGUAGAGCUACGGAAAGUGGGGGGGCAGGUGCUAUGGGAGGGGGAGGGGUGUGUCUGGGUGAGGGAGACAGAGCUGAAGCUGCUACCAUUGGCUGGCAAUAGCUCCGCCCAGCUUGAGGAGGCUGGUGUCUGCUUCCUGCUUAGGAGCCUGGGGCCACAGUGUGAUGUCACAUUUGUUUAUAAACGCAGCUGGAUCUCAGCCAUGGCCAAGAGUGACUGUGAGGUGCUGUGAGAUCCCUGCCACUGCACACUGUUCAGGCUGCCUCAGUGAAUCUAAGAUUUUAGUUUACAAUAAAAUGCGAAUGGUUGUAGGAGACAGAGGUUACACAACCAGCCCAAGGGCAGGAUCCCUAAAGAUCUGGAAUGUGUUUGCACUGCAGCACAUAAGACACACAACUGAUCCUCCUUCUGUGGUCACAUACUGCACAGGUGCUCUACGAAAUGUUUGCGUUAUUGUAAAUAUUUUAACUUCUAAUCGAAUAGUUUUUAGUUAAAUAUAUUUUGUAAAGAAAAACCUGUAUGUUGUAUCCUCAAAGAAUCAUGGUGUUAUUUUUACAUCUUUAGAAUGUAUGAAGAAAUGUCAUACUCAGUCUUUUUAAAUGGCUUUCUGCAUGUUCAAUAAAGUUUGAGAAACAUUUGAAUGAAAA